AUGAAUCCAGCAUAUGGAGGAGGUGGUUUUGGCCAAGCGCCCAAGAGUGCUGCUGGCGGGUUCGGUCAACAAACUCUCGCCUUUGGACAAGCAGCUCAGGGAACUGCUGGCGCAUAUGGUCAAGCUUCAACUGGUGGAUUUGGCCAGCAAGCGGGGGGAUUUGGGCAGACAGCGGGUCGUGGAACCGUAACUGGUUUCGGUCAGCCCACUGCCACUGGGACCGGCUUUGGCCAGCCUGCUGCAACGGGAUUCGGUCAAACCGGUGCCACUGGUGGCUUUGGACAGCCGGGUGCCACGGGGGCUUUCGGUCAGCAAGCUGGCGGCUUUGGCCAGGCGAUGCAAGGAACUGCAGGUGGAUUUGGGCAACCGGCCGCAGGAGCAGCAGGGUUUGGUCAACCAACUAGCGGAUUCGGUCAGCAGCCAGGCGGCUUUGGCCAGGCGGCUCAGGGAACUGCUGGCGCAUUUGGUCAAUCAGCUGCAGGACGAGGCACCGCGGGUGGAUUUGGGCAACCGGCC